CAAAACUUGGAACGAGUUAUACCAGAGGGAUUUAAAGCUGGCUGUUACUCACCCUCCUAGCAAUUAUUUCCAACAGAUGAUCUUGUGGACCGAACAGGGGAAAAUAUGGAAAUUUCCCAUUGAUAACGAACAAGGGCUUGAUGAGGAAAAGAAAGUUUACUUUACCGAGCACGUGUUUCUUGAGAAGUAUUUAGAGCCUUGGUGUCCUCAAAAGGGGCCCUUGAGGCAUUUCAUGGAGUUGGUCUGUGUCGGACUUUCGAAAAAUCCAUACUUGACAGUUGACGCCAAACGGGAACAUAUCGAGUGGUUCAAAAACUAUUUUGAAGAGAAGAAACAAUUAUUGAAAGAAGUUGGGGCACUACAAGACAGAGAGUUGGCCCAAACACUUAAAUCUGGAUGUGGAGUGAAAGGGGGCAAUGGUCUGACCCCAUAACAUCACUAUGUAUUAUGUUAUCGCAAACGUUGUCCACAAAUCUUUGGGAGACUAAGAAAUAAUCCAAGCGCCUGAAAAAUUUAAUAUUAAAACUAGAUAUCGCACAGUA